GUCUCUGGCCCCUCUUUAGUAAUACUUGGCCUCGCUUGGUGCAGAAUCAUCGAGUUCAGUGCCUGUUUUUCCCAAAUUUUCGCAAUGGAAGACCGGACUUUUCGUGUGUGCAGCGCGAACUUUCUGUUUGUGCGCCAAUUCAGUGAUAGUUUAUAGCAUCAGGUGAAAUGGAGUUCAGGAAUUACGGAACUUAUGAAUCAGUAUUACGGGGCAAAGAGGAACACGUUCCUCUCCUCCCCCGCAAAAUCUCCAGACAGUAUAAAGGGACUAGAUUAAUGGGAAUGUGCAGAACUUCGUUUUUCUUUUCCAUUUAUUUGAUCAUUUAUGUGAUGUUCUUGUUCAGCGGUGCGGCGGUGUUCAGUGUGCUCGAGACGCCCCCAGAGAGGGCGGCCAGGGCCAGGCUUGACGGGGUCGUGCUCAAAUUUCGCAGCGAAAAUCCGACAGUUACAGAUCAAGCUCUUGAAGACUUAAUAACCGAAGUAGUGAAAGCUAGCAAUAGAGGUGUCUCGGCGUCGAGAAAUGCGUCAGGGGAGCCAAACUGGAGUUUUGGACAAUCAUUAUUUUUUUCUAGUACUGUAGUGACAACAAUAGGGUAUGGUCACGUGACACCAUUAAGCCGAACCGGCAAAAUCUUCUGUAUGCUGUACGCCAUGGUGGGGAUUCCCCUAACCCUCGUCCUCCUGUCCGCUUUGGUGGAACGCCUGUUAGUGCCCACGAUUUGGUUGCUCCAAUGGCUAAAUUCCCGACUCGGACACUUGUACCAACCUUUCAAUAUUCGUAUUUUGCACCUGUUUAUCAUCGUGUUAAUACUCAUCGUGCUGUUCCUGCUAGCGCCUGCCGCCGUCUUCGCCAGCAUAGAACCAGAGUGGGACUAUUUAGACUCGCUCUAUUACUGUUUCAUUUCACUCACAACGAUUGGAUUGGGUGACUACAUCCCGGGUGAUUCCCCCGAUCAGCCGUACCGGCCGUUGUACAAAAUCGCGACAACAGGUUACCUUUUCAUGGGGAUCACCUUCAUGAUGCUAACCUUGGCAGUUUUCUACGACAUACCGCAGCUGAAUUUGGGGCUGUUGUUUACGAGCCACGAGGAGACCAACAUGGAGAAGGUCAGACUGGCCGGGGCCGGCAUGGGGCUGCAGUAUGGGGGCGCCGCCUACAGUCCCGGCGAUGAUAACACUCACCGACAGGUCGUCAGAGUGAGGUCUCGGCGCGACGACAGCCCCAGUCCGGACGAAGCGCCCCAAAAAGAUUUUCAACUUCCGUAGUAGGAGAAAUAAGUGUUACAACACCAAUACUCAGACGCCUAUAAUCCACGCAAUUUAUGAUGUAGUACUGCAAUUGCACACGUUUUCUUAUGAUCGGUACCUAACUGUAAUUUAUCAUUUGCCAAAUAACUUUAAUAAAAAGAGUAUUUUUACGAGAUAUUUUAUUUUUACAAAAGUUAUAUUUAGAAAAAAGCAAAUGUAUACAAUCAACAAUGUCUUAUGUAUUAAUGUGUAGGGAAGAUCUGUCUCAAUUCUUGUGGACCAAUAAAGACGAAGUUCUGGCA